AUGGAGAACACACAGGGUGGAAACCAAGGGGGCUGGUUCAGGAUCACAAUUCCUUACGGAAUAAAGUAUAGCAAGACAUGGUUACUAAACUCAAUCCAAAAUCACUAUAGUGUCCCCUUCACCAUGGUCGAUUUCCAUUAUUUAAAAGACCGGGCCCAGUUCUUUAUCCAGGAUGGUAGUGCUGCCUCUGCAUUGAAGGAUAUCAACCACAAGAUUUGUGAUGAGGAAAAUAAAAAGGUAUCUAUAUGUGUCAAUAUCUCUGCUGUACCUUACUCUGUUUUUGUUACUUAUUAUUCUUAUCACUCUCAGAAUAAAUUGGAGCCAGAAGAAAUGGAGAAGCUAAAGUUAAUCAUGAGAAAAUGCUAUGAUAUUGUCCAAAAAUGUCUUGACCUCCAUAAACUUCAUUUUGACCCAGAGUUGGUGGACCAUGAUAUUGCUAUAAUACUGAAUUGAAGAAACUGCAUAUCUGCCACCCUGCAGAUCAUCAAAGAGAAUUUCUCCAAGAUAAGGCCUUAUCUUUUGUCCUUGAACUUGUGCAAGAACAAACUGUAUCAGCUGGAUGGCCUGUCUGACGUUAUACAGAUAGUCCCCACAGUCAAGAUCUUGAACCUGUCCAAAAAUGAGGUACAGUCAGCCUGGGAGUUAAGCAAGAUGAAAGGGCUGAAGCUUGAAGAGCUGUGACUAAAAGGGAACACCUUAUACAGCACAAACAAGUCCACCUAUAUAAGUGCCAUCAGAGAUUGUUUCCCCACAUUGUUAUGCCUGGAUGGCCAGGUGUUACCAAUUUAA